GUAUCCAUUCCAUACAUCAUGUCAUACCGCGGGUCUGACAAUCUGCUAGCAUAUAUCAAGGAUGCGGUGCUACCAGCUUUAGUUUAUAGCCCAAGCGCCCCGGAAUUACCUCCAGUAGGCCACAAAAGUCAUCGUAACACAAUCUCUUGCCGUCACAACUCGCAUCGCCAAAUUCAUGUGAUUCACGUUCUGUCGUCCUAUAAUGAUCUUGUCAAUGGAUGGACAGAAAAAUACAUACCAUGCAAGUCCUUAGGGGUGGAUGAUUAUGAUGGGGAAACGGAAGGUGUCCUUUCAGUUCCAUCUGCUCGUAGAUUCGCCAUACCGUAUAUCUCCCUGAAACCCGUCUCAAACACAAGCCUGCUCGAAUACUGGUUAUAUGCUUAUCCUUUACGAACUGUACAACGUGUACUGCAUCUUGCUUUCCCACAAAUAUCGCGCUGGGGUUUCGACCUGGGUAACCGGGAAAGCGACGACAUCGAUGAUAUUUUCCGAAAUACCGUUUGGACGCAUCUAUACGACGCGUCCAGCGCUGAGAUCAGUAGGAAAUCUGUGAUUUUGAUAUGCCAGCCUCCUUGGGUGCUCAGUCCAGAAGACAUGUUGCAGUUUAUCGAGAUGAAGUCGCUACCCACGCAAAGUGCAUCCUACCAAAGUAAAGAACGCUUAUGGGCCAGGAUAUGGGAUAUAUGCACAAGCAAGCGAAGUCCAUACUUCAUCCUUACCAGCUAUCAAAAGUGGAUCUUCGGCUCGUUUUCCAGAGGGUGGACUGCAGCUUUCGUUUCUCCCGUGUAUGAUUCUUCCUCGCACAAUCCUACUAUCAUCCAAGCUUUAGUAUAUUGGCUUGCCUCAGCUGCUGAUUUACCUGAAGGCUUUAUACAUCCAGAUUGCCCAGAGCCUGUUAUGAACAUGACACCUCAGUUCGCGGCCUCGGACGCAGGUUCCGAUGCUAGCAGUAUUGCUUUUGCGUGGUCGGAGUCGAGAUGGAGUGGUCAGAGUCAAGAACCUGGGUCUUCCGCCGGCUUUAACACACUUGUACCGGAUAUCUCAGAUAAUGAAGGGUCGGUCGUGGGGCGCAUCCAAGGACCUUUACACAUGAUGCCCAUACAGCCCCUUUGGAAAAGUCGUGCAAAAGUAGAAGAAUGGCGCUCGAAAUUACUACCAGUGGAAAACACACCCCCUCGUUUGUCUAUGGAUGAGAGCAAUCAGGCGGGAUUCUCUGAGCCAGUGCCUGAAUACGCCGGCAGUGAAGCCUCCACUGAGUCUGAUGAGACUAUUAUUGAUAUGCCUGUGGGUCACUGGCUUGCGAGCGGUUGUCGUGCAGCUUCUGUAGACCAGCGGCACAAAUGGGUGUCUGUCAGUAGCCCCCGCCCAUCCGGGGCAAAGUCGACAGUGACACGACAUACACUCACGGUGUUCGGAUACGUAUGA